UUUGAAUAAUGAAAGCGGGUAGUUUGAUAUUGUCGUUACUGUUAUGUUGACUUUCGGCUGUAGACUGUUCAACUCAUCAUGUAAAAACGCCGUGUCUCUGAGUAAAUGGUUAGCAAACUAUAAGGAACCAACAAGAUGUUCUUCUCGUUGGGUUCCUGACAAAAAGUUUAUGGAUGAACUUAAGGAGACAUUGUACCACCCGGAGGCCGUCAAGAGAAACACCACAGUCCAACCAAGUUCGUUACCGUUUUUAUUAAUAGUGUCUAGUCGACUUAUUCAAUGUAAGUCAUCAGGAGGUCCAGUCCGUUCAUCUAAAUUUCGGCCCACAACAUCCUGCUGCGCAUGGUGUUCUGAGACUAAUUAUGGAGCUUGAUGGGGAGAAAAUUAUUCGUCUUGAUCCGCAUAUCGGUCUGCUACAUCGUGGUACAGAAAAGUUGAUUGAAUACAAAACAUACACUCAAGCUUUGCCUUAUUUUGACCGACUGGAUUAUGCCUCCAUGAUGUGUAACGAACAGUGUUAUGCAUUGGCCGUGGAGAAGUUACUCAAUAUUGAAGUACCUCCCCGUGCAAAGUAUAUACGAACUCUUUAUGCUGAAAUAACUAGAAUAUUGAAUCACUGUUUAGCUGUUGGUUCCACUGUUCUGGAUAUUGGAGCUAUAACUCCAAUCUUCUGGUUGUUUGAAGAACGUGAAAAAAUGUUUGAAUUCUAUGAACGUGUGUCUGGUGCUCGUAUGCACGCUGCUUAUAUUCGUCCAGGAGGUGUUUAUUUAGAUAUGCCACUGGGACUGAUGGAUGAUAUUUAUCAGUUCAUACAAAAAUUCCCCCAGCGGUUGGAUGAAAUUAGCGAUUUAUUGUUUGAUAAUCCCAUUUGGAUUACUCGCACUAAAGAUGUUGGUAUUGUUAGCGCUGAAGAUGCUAUAGAUUUGGGAUUCUCGGGGGUUAUGCUUCGUGGGAGUGGGAUUAAAUGGGAUUUACGUAAAACACAACCUUAUGAUGCCUAUGAAGAUAUGGAUUUUGAUGUACCAGUUGGUGUUCAUGGUGACUGUUAUGAUCGAUUUAUAGUACGUAUGGAAGAAAUGCGUCAGUCAUUGCGUAUUAUAGAACAAUGCCUUAAUAAAAUGCCCAAAGGUGAGAUCAAAGUGGAUGACGCCAAAAUUUGUCCACCUAAACGUGCUGAAAUGAAAAGUUCUAUGGAAGCUCUUAUUCAUCAUUUCAAAUUAUUCUCAGAAGGUUACUUGGUACCACCUGGAUCGACGUAUACUGCUAUUGAAGCUCCGAAAGGUGAAUUUGGAGUAUAUUUAGUCUCCGAUGGUACAAACAAACCAUACAGAUGCAAAAUUAAAGCUCCAGGCUUUGCUCACUUGGCGGCAAUAGAUAAACUUUGUCGGGGUUUUAUGUUACCCGAUGUAGUCGCAGUUAUAGGUAACAGUUCAGUACUUUGGAUAUUGUAUUUGGGGAAGUGGAUCGAUAGACCUGUAUAUCAAUUAGUAAACAAUUUAAGAAGAUUAAAGUCAACUUGUUUCUUCUUUUAGUAAUAUUGAUUUAAUAUGUAUUUCAAUAAAAAGAGAGAACUUUCGA